AUGGGUUAGUGUAUUACAAAAGAAGCAGAUGAACAAAGAAGCAUAUAAAGAAACUCAUAAAAACCUACAAUAUAACCAUUGAAUAGGACAUAUAGCUCUAAACUCUUAAAUCCCAACAUUACAGAUUGUGUUAUAUUAGAAGAAGAGUCAUAUUUGUAAUAAAGUUCUUUAUACUCCAUAUAUACAAUUAUGGAAGAAAACUAAGUUAAGAGAUCAACUCUUGCUAAUGCAGUAUCUAAAGUGAAACCUUUAGGUAAUGCUAUUACAUCAGGAAUAUCAGUUCAAUUCAUCAAUAUUAGUAAUGGUAGAAAAUUACAUUCUCAUGCUAUUAAGUAAGACAAAGGCUUAAAAUAACAUGAAGUAAGUCUAUGUAAUGAAAUUGAAAAGAACGCUUAUGAUGAAUGGUUAAUAUUAACUAAUCAUAAUGAGCCUGUUAAAGAUGGAGAUGUAGUGGCAGUAUUUAAAUUAUAUAUUUUCAGGUUCAACAUAAAAUUACAAAAUGUAUUCUCAGAUCUAGUAAUGACAUAUUGACUAAAUCAAAAUUAUAAUAAGUGUCUUGUGUUGAUAUCAUAUAAGAUUUGACAGAAGAUGAUUAUUGGAUCAUAGAGAUUAUUAAUGACACUAAAUAAAUUAACAAAUUGCAUAGCAAUAAUUUAAUAAGUAAAAAUUUAAAUUUUACUUAAAUAAGGAAUUAAACAUGCUCACACUAACACAUAUUUAUCUGGAACCAAAAAUAAAGCUGUACUUAAAGGCCACAUGGAAGUUUGUGUUACCUAAUAACCUGGCCAUGACAUAUGGGUUGUAGAAGAUACAUUUUGA